AUGCUUGGCACCUCCAUUGAUUCCCCUCAAAGGGUGAGGCCUGCACAGCUGCGGCGUAGUAAGCCGCAGCAGCAACAGCAGCAGCAGCGACGGCUGCCCCCAAAGCAACAACAACACGCGUUAUUUGUACAGACGCGAAAACAAGCAGCAGAAGCCGCAGCAGCAGCUGUUGCUUCAUCUGCGUCAGGAGUCCGCGGCCUGCUCAACAGGUCGGACUCAGCAGUAUCAGCAACAUCAGGAGCAACAGCAACAAGCGGGGUGGCAAAAAGAGGGAAGCUUGUUGCAGUAACAACCUACUCUGGAACCCUCGAUGACUAUUUGCUCCUGCACUCGACAGACGGUAGUAGCAAUGGCAGCAGUAGUAGCUGCGCUGCUUCGCCGUUGAGAGGCAGCAGUGAAGAGGAGCUAAGGGGCAGCAGCAUCCCGUGGAACCCGAAGCAGCUGCAGCAGGCGCAACAGGUGAAUGAGAGAGACUCUCGCCAGGUAAGCGAUAGCUGCAAUGAGGGCGCCAAGCAGCAGCAGCAGGUGGAAGCUUCCUCCCGCGAGUCAAGCGACACACAACAGCAGCAGCAACCUUCGACUCGUUCCCAGUCCCACAAUGAUGAAGAAGAACAGCAAGAACACGAGCAGCAGCAGCAGCAGACUAGCAGCAGCAAAGACGGGGGGCGCCUUAUCGUGCCCCCAGCUGUACGUACACCCGAAGGCGGAGAGCGCCGCCACUGGCCCUCUAUGACCCUGUCUCUGCUGCCUCACUUAUCUGACCUCCACGAAUUUCCUCGCAUUGCUACCUUUGCCCAAAAUGCUUCUGAACUCAAGAAGCUAGCUGAGGCACCUUUUGAAGCAAUCAGUCCUGCCGCUGCUGCUCUCAAACUGCAGCAGCAACAGCGGCAGCAGUCACGCCAGAAGCUGCCAGUGCACUGGACUCUAGCAGACGGGCUGCGGAGCCUGUGCAAAAUUAAGAAACCGGAGCAAACCUCUAUGCCACCUAUCAAACUACCGGUAUACUUUCCGAACGAGUCUUCACCAGCAGCAGGAGCAGCAGAAGCCUCGGAAGCAGCAGCAGAAAGAGCAGUUCAGGCAAAUGGGACGGCAAGCGGCUGCAGCAGCAACUGCAGCAGACAGAACAGCAACUUGGAACAGCCAAGCAGAGGGAGCAGUAACAGUAGCGGGUCAUCUGCUGAGGGCCCCUUUGCAGAAAAGGUUUCUGUACACUUGAAGAAUGGAGGGCAAGGGCGAGUUGUGGCCGUCACCCCCACGAACAACCUAGUGGUGAAACUUCAGAAUGGGACGCAUGUCGAGGCGCAUCCAUCUGAGUGUCGCUUCUUAAUCGGUGGCAUGCAGCUACCCCAGACGCAGCCGCAACUGGCAGAGCAGCAAGGGCAACAAGGGCUGGCGCACGAGCAGCAGCAGCUACAGCAGCAGCAGCAACAAGAGGGGCAGUUUAAACUGUUGCCUAACCUGAGAGGGGUAGAGACAAUCCCAACUGUCUCUGAGUUACUGCAGAAGGCAGCCGCAGAAGCGGGAAGAACUCACAACACUGUUGUUCUUUCCAGCUUGGCUUCUGUAGCUCGCGUGUGCAAGACAGGGGAGUCGCUUUCAGUUUUAAAAGUAACAAAGAAGACAUCGGAAGGAAAUAAAGAGCAGAAAGAAGAAUUCCAAGCUAUUUUCUCCCCAGAAAAUGGCAUAGAACCUUCCGUAAACGCCUUGGAAGAGGAGCUUUCAGACUUGCCUGAGGCUGUCAUUCGCCCUCCAGGUAUUUGCAUGUUGACAGGACGGAAAAGUCAAGUAGAAAGCAGACAAAUAAUCAAGCCUCAAACAAGCACUUACGAUGUUGUCAAGGCACCAGGGAUCGUCAGACCCCUAUACGAUAUUAUAAGCCCCGCAUCGCAAAUUCCUUCGUCUCUGCCCCGGAGUCAGCAGCAGCAGCAGCCGCAGCGACAGCAACAGCAACAAAAACAGCAACAGCAGCCCCCCAGUACCUUCAUUCCAGGGACUCCUGAGCUAGCCCAGCUAACUGCGCUAGCGGGGCCUGGAGGAGGCUUCGCAGCAGCAGCCGCAGCGGAGCUCGAGCUAGUGGGACAGAAAUGGUUUGGAGAUUUGCAGCAGCAACUUAGUAGAGAUAUGAUGCAACAAUACAUUAACACGGCGCCGCCUGCCAUAGGUGGUUUCUCUGCCCCUUCGCAGCGUUCAUUUGGGCCCCUCAUAUUUUCGUCCUCCAGCGGAAACAGAAAAGCAGCAAGAGUGAUCAGAAGCGAAACAGACGCCAUUACCUACGCAACGCCGGCGAAUCAACAGUCCCGAUUCAGCACAAACACCGGCGAGCUAGCUCUGUAA